CAUUGCCGGUUCAUCAUCCACGUGUUCCCCCAAGAAUAGGCUUAUCGUUUUAUGGCCUGAAACGCUUUCCAUCUCCGUCGUGACGUUGAUAAUUCUUUGGGACGAGCCUGUUGUUCUCGAUGAGACUAUGAGGCGAAUUGUUGCCAGAAUCCGAUUUUCUUUGCCUCCCAAUCAUCCUGCGUUUCUCUCGCCACUCCUGCUGGCUGGCUGGAACUUGUAUACAAUUGGACUUGUAAACAAUCGUCAACCCCCUCGUCGGGGAACUUUCCCCGACAAUCCCCCGUGCGUGUGUGUACUCAUCCUGGCUUUGAACUCCAACGACGACGAUCAUCUCAUAUACACAAUACUCAUCGGGAGGCAAAGCCAAUUGUAAGAAGAUCGCGAUUGUGUAUACAAUUGAGACUCAGGCCCCCGUUUCUUUUAACCUGUCGUCCCAGAGCUGCACAGUGAGUGCACGCUCACCUCCCUAGGGAGGUAGAAUGGUGUGUCAUUUACGUGGGCAAGGAGGAGAGAGAUUCCUGUGUUUGUCACAGACCAAACAUACGGAGAAACUUGUACGAAUGAAUUGUUCGAGAUUUCCAAAGCUCGGAUCAAGCAAGAUCUCGCCUGGAAUUGACAGUUUAGACUUAGGCUGCUGUUAUGUAUCUGCUAUCAAUAGUCAAGAUCUGUUCCGUUCUCCCCCUCAUUGUUUAUCCAAAGCGGAACAUAAUGGAAAAACCAAGCCAUAAACUGGCAACCCUAAGACUUUGGGAGGAAGAACUCUCCUCACCAAUACUACUACUAUUACCACCAACACCAUCACCAUCACCACCAGUCUCAGUUUCGCUAUCGCUCCUCCAUUAUUGUACGUACUACAGCAUGCACGUACGUACGUGUUCAAGACGACCGAGCAUCACGCCAAACAAAGGCAAGAUGCGGGCCAUUGUUUAGAUUGGGCGAAACAAAAGAUAAUAGAGAUCGGGAACUGGCUGAAGAUGGCCAGAUUAAUUAUCAUUAUAGGCCAAAAGUGUCGUCAGGAACCCUGCUUUCGUGAUCAUGAGCAAGAAGACGAGAGACACCUUCACAAAUGGCCCCGAAGGGUUAUGAAUACCCCUCCCGUGCAUACAUAUAAAAGCAGUUAACGGUGCAAUUAUCCAGAUCUCGUAUUUUGUUUGCAAGUGAAACAUGACACAUCAUGGGAGCAGCUUUAUUUUUCUUCUCUAUAUUUUCCCCCAUAGAUCUCUUUUUUGGGCAACAGCAAGCGCCCAGGAUGUCUUCCAAGAGGAAAUCCCAACCCACGCGGAUCUUGGAAGAGGCUGUGGCGGCAGCGGCCUCCAAUAUGUCGUCCUCUGGAUUCUUCUUCCCGGGUAACUACGCCUCCCAGCCCCCGCCCCUUUUGGGCAAGGGCGAGGAAGGGCAUGCUCAAGGGGCCAACCAUCACUUGAUUUCCAGUAUCUUUGGCAACCUGCACCUCCAAAAAGAACACCAACUGAAUAAUCACCUGCCACCCACCCAACAACAACAACAACAACAACAUCCACGCUCCUCCGAAUCUCCCCCUCCUCCGCUGAAAAAGGCCCACAAAUCUGACGACUCCAAGGCAUCACCCUCGAGCUUGGAGAUGGCCCAGUUUGAGUAUUUGAGAGCCAUGGCCAUGGCCAACAUGGCUCAACAACAACAGCAACAACAACAACAACAACAGCAACAAGAAAGUGACUUUGCUACGUCUUAUCGGGAGCUUCUCCUGGCUCGCCAACAACAACAGCAACGAAAGUCCAUGGAGACAGUCUUGAAGAAAUUAGCUGAAAAGGAAGAGUUCAGCUCUGAAGAAAAGACGAACGAGCCGGCUUUAUCCAAAUCUGCUCAUCCCGAUUUGAAUCCAAACCUGAUUCCCAGUUUAAUCUCCUACGCUAACCACCUUCAAACCUCCAACAACAGUGCCAGCCACCACCAACAGCAGGCUGACUCCCCCGAGAGUGGUUUGGACCAACAAAAGUUCAAGGAUUUGGUCACCUAUCUCUAUCAUUGUAUGGCCAACAAACAGCAACACCACCAUCACAAUCAAGGUUCCACCUCAUACGAUCCCGCCAAGAUUCUGUCUGGUUCUGUGGGCCAAAAUGACGGACUUCUAGCGUCCCUCAAAUCGGUUCUGGACCAGCAACAAUACCAUCACGCUUUAGGAGCUCUAGGUCAAUCGACUGAGGAUCAAGGCAGUGGUUUGUUUCAUGGAAAAGAGUCACCAAUUUUGGAUCGGUUCCCUUUUAUGGAACAGAGCCCAGGAGGAGGAAGAGGAGGCGGAGGAAAUCAAGUGGUAAGAAGUGGACGUGUUUUCUUCUUCACGCUUCGGGUUCCUCGUGUUAUCACCUUCCUUUCAUUUUUUUUUCAGUCCCAAUCAGGCGGAGGCGUACCCUUGUCCCACACGAAUAACAACAUCAACAACAACAACAACAACCAGGGUAGCCCAAAGAAUGAUCAUCAUCCAUCAUCAGCGUUGUCUUGGGCUAGUGAUAAAAAGCCCCCAAUCCCAGCCAAUUCCACCCAUCCAUCAUCAAAAAGUGCCAACUUUACCUCCUCGUCCUCGUCCCCGAACUCGACGACACAUCAUAACACGUCUUGUACAACGCCCCGAUCCUCGCCGGUUCCCUCAAGCAUGAUGCUUUAUUCACAAGCCCAAAUAGCAGCCGCCACCACAACACCUUCUUCGCACGGCACACCCACCUCCCACCCACUCAAUUUGAGCAAGGCCAAACGCGAAGACAACAACAACCAAUUGAGCACAGAUUUCGUUUCCGAUGAGGAAACAGCCGCCCUCGAGUUCUUUCGGAAAACUAAAUCGCUCUUUACGGGUGGACCCGCUGGCGCAGUCAUGCCGCCUUUCUUGAGCCAAGCCGGUCAACCUAUCCCGGCCAGUUCGCCCUUCAUGGGCGGGAGAGGGGGUGGAGCCGGGGGAGGUAAACCCACAACCCUACCUGACGUGGUCUCAACCCUGCCCAUGUUUCCCGGGCAUCUGAAAUCCGGACACAUCCCUGAUUUAUCUCGUUACGGUCAGGCCAUGUCGGGUCGGUUCUCUUUUCUGUCAGAUCAGUUGCGGUUGCCCAUGGAGUAUCACCACCAUGCGUUCCGUACUUCGUUCCAUAACGGUGGGGUCGGCUCCCCAUUCGCUCCUGGAAUGCCACCCCCGGGAAUGAGCUCGUCACCGCCAAAUAGUUCCAAGAUAGACGACCCUAUGAAAGAGAACGACCGCUCCGACGACAACGGAUCCUGUCAAAGCAAAAUGUUUGGAGCUAAAAUCAUUCGUCAAUCUCGCAAAGAGCGCGAAGGACACCCACACAUCAAGCGACCCAUGAAUGCUUUCAUGAUUUGGGCCAAAGACGAGCGACGCAAGAUCCUCAAAGCCUGUCCAGACAUGCAUAACUCCAAUAUUUCCAAGAUACUGGGUGCCAGAUGGAAGGCCAUGUCGAACACGGAGAAGCAACAAUACUACGAGGAGCAGGCACGCCUCUCGAAAGUGCACAUGGAAAAAUAUCCCGAUUACCGAUACCGACCCCGACCCAAACGCACGUGCAUCGUGGACGGCAAGAAGCUGCGCAUCUCCGAGUACAAGUCUCUCAUGAAGAAGCGUCGCGAGGAAAUGCGUCAAUUGUGGUGCAAGGACGGCGAGGACGGAGGCUCGACCGGUGGUCAGCAUGGACCGCCCAUGGGCGUAUCCCCACCGCCCAGUUUCGGACCCACCCCUUUGUUGUAUGAUGAUGCAUCCCCGGCGGGUCGGACCCAUGGCGAGGAGGAGGACGAGGACGAGGAGGAAGAGGAGGAGGACGAGAUCCUGAUGGGCGUGGCCGGGCAACGUCACCAUGGCGUGACCAUGGCAUCCACUUCGCCGUCUUCGGCCGUGUCACAUUGUUAGGAUCAAGAUCUGAUAGGAAAGGGUAGACAAAAAAACAAGAGCUCUAACUAAAUAGUUUUUAUUGAUAUGUACGUUGAAUAUGAUAGAUGGCCCUCGAAUGUCUCCGGAGGGUCCACGUGUUCUUGACACCAAAGAGAAUGUUUUAGUCGUUGAUCUGGUAUUCUGUUUCUUAUUUCUCAUUCAUUGUUGUUAAUGUCUCGGGUGGCUCUGAAGUACGAUGAGAAACUUGUGUCCUUCAAUUGGUCAAAACACGCCCACUCUAGACAUCACCCCAACGGCCACGCCUACAGAAUGCCAUGAAUCCUACUUAGCUGUUAGGUAUUCGCAUUCAAGUUCCGAUUCUUGCUCACGUUCAAAUGAUAGUACCAAAAAUGUCGAUUAUAGUGAUCCAGUUCUUACUACUUCUAUUAUUCGUCGAUUUUCCUCGUGUCCCGAAUUUUCAUCACCAAAAUAGUCUCUCUAGUGUUUCAAUCCCUUUGAUGUCACAAUCAUCAGUCACCAACGUCAUAAUUCUUAAUACCGUCAUUAUUAUCAUUAUCAUCAUCUCCCUGAAUAGUGUGUUGAAUAAAACGAUUAUUUACAAAUCAUUUGCCAUUGCUUUCGGACCAACGUGUAGGUAUCAAGUGACGGAUAACGGCAAACUACCUCUAAUGCCCCGUUCCCAUUGAGGCAUUAAAUUGAAAUCAGCCU